AUGGACAUUAUUAUCAAUAAUCUUGUCAGAUAUGCUCUUAUUAAAACUUUUCCAUAUUUCAGAUUUCCAGGUGAAACGAUUUUACAACAAAAAUGGGUGGAGGCAAUUGGAAUGAAAUCAUCUGUAACCCAAUAUACAAAGCUGUGCAGUGAUCAUUUUGACAAGGAUGCUUUUGUGGAAAAUAAUCAAUACACCAAAAAGAGACGUUUACUGCCAACUGCAGUUCCUUCUAGAUUAUUGAGCAAGAAUAAAAUUUUGUGUGAAGCUGAAAAUGUGUCUAGAAAUGCAAUUUCUAAAGAUAAAAAGCAACUUCAAGAUUCUGAACCAAGUGAUACUCUCGUCAAUUUGAAAAGGAGGUUACCGUAUACUGAUAAUUUAAAUGAGACACCAAGUAAAAAAUGCAGAGAUUCUGAGCCAAGUGCUAUUCGUGUAAAUUUGAAAAGGAGUUUAUGCGGUACUGAAAAUUCAAACGAGAUACCAAGCAAAAACCUGUGCUCUAAUAAUGAUUUGGAAUCAAGCUCGGUUGAAAAUGUCAACGUCGUCGAGUCGGAAAAAAAUUGUACAGAUUCGAAAAGACGCCAAGCUGCUCCUAUAGAUAUUUCGCAUAUUUCUUCAACAACAAAAAUUCGUUUUUUCGAUGGACCACAACCUGUUCAUAUAUCGAGGGAACAUUUUAAAACAGAUGAGGGAUGGACACUAUUCUUGAAAUAUCAUUUAUCCAAUAGAAGACAGAAAGAUACACUUCGUAAGAGAGACGCAGGGAAAAAUAUUAAAAUUGGCAAUAUUAAAGAACUCGUUACAAAAUUAAAAGAAGAAAAUGCUACAGCUGCAGUCGACUACCUACAGGAUCCCAAAGCACUGGUUUUGCAAGCUCAAAAAGAAGCAGCAAACAACAUCUUGCGAAAGAAGAAUGAAAAUGAAAGUUUGAAUGCAUUCAUGGGAAAAAGAAAACGACUAAGCAAUGCAGUCGAUAAAAUAAAAAAGUUGAAAUCUGGAGAAAGUGGCCAAACAAAACCAUGCUGUGUUAUAAAACAUGUGGAAGAAUUUGAAGGUUCCGAUCAAGAACCAGCCUUGCUGGCAGAAAAGUCCACACAUAUGGAAAAGGAAAAUCAACAAAAUAAUGCUUCUAACACACUAUCUCCUCAGUCAAAACGUGCUAAUGAUAAAGCUGAUUUCAUGGCAGCGUUUACUCUUAUGAAAUCAUGUCAAGGCCAAUUCAGUCUUGAACCUGAAGAUGAUGACGUAUCGUCAGCGUCAUCAUCCUCGUCAAGAAAUGCAAGGGAUCAUCAUUUGAUAGGAAACAAAGGAGGCAAUCAUCACAGAACCAAAAAAUCUUUAUCCGAGGCUAUUUAUAUGAGUGAAAGCAGACGUUCGGCAAAUGAUCAAUAUGAGCUUCCUCAAAAUGAUCAGAUGGAUAACGCAUCGUCAACAUCAUCGUCCUUGUCAAGAAAUCCAAUGAAUCCUCAUUUGAUAGAAAAUCGAGAAGACCAUCAUCAAAGCGUCAACAGACCUUUACCAGAAGCCAUUCUUAUGAGCCACAGCAGACGUCCAUCAAAUUAUCAGUAUCAGCUUCCUCCAAAUGAUCAGAUGGAUAACGCAUCGUCAACAUCAUCGUCCUUGUCAAGAAAUCCAAUGAAUCCUCAUUUGAUAGAAAAUCGAGAAGACCAUCAUCAAAGAGUCAACAGACCUUUACCAGAAGCCAUUCUUAUGAGCCACAGCAGACGUCCAUCAAAUUAUCAGUAUCAGCUUCCUCCAAAAAAAGUUGAAUUGGAAACAGAGCAAAAAAUUUAUGACAAAGUGAACGAUGGAAAUCAAGUAUACUUAGGAUUAGAUGUAUAUGUGGAUGAAGAUGUAUGGGCUAGAGUCAAUCGUAAAAAAAAGAGGCCAACCAUGUGGCUCAGAGAUGUAGCCGAAAUGAUUUGGAAGCCAGAGAAUUUGGUAAUGAGAGCAUUCGAUGUCAAAUUAUGCACAGCAGAAACUCCUGGCAAAGAAAAUGAAAAUCGAUUACCCUUUGAAGAAGACAAAUGGCAACUUAUGAUACAAUUAUAUACGAAGUAUUUGAAUGAUUUGCACAAUGAGAAUCCAAGAGUCAAUGUCAAAGCUUACUUGAGUACUGCCAGCGAAACGAUAAGUUCGAAGAUACAAGAUUUAAGAGCUUUAUUACGUAGGAAAGCAGAAAAUAAACUGCUGGCAGAAAAGGGAAUUAUACGUGCUAAAAAGAAAGCUCGAAGAGCUUACUGUUAUAUAGAUCAUCACGAAGAAUCUUAGGUAC